AAAAUAAACAAAUAAAAUAUGACUGAAUUCCAAUGGCCCUGGGAGUACACAUUUCCACCGUUCUUCACUUUGCAGCCGCACGAAGAAACCAGACAGCAGCAGUUGAAGGUCUGGACGGAUCUCUUUCUCAAAUACCUCAAGCAUACGAAUAAGUUUUCACUCAGCAUCAACGAACAGAGCUUGCCACUAUUCCACAAUGAGUCAAUUCAGCGACGCCUUUCGCCGGAGCUCAUACUAGUGAUACUGGAGCAACUGCAGCGGAGUGGGCAUGCAACUGCUUUGGACAAACGCCGCCAGGAGUGGCAAGUGUAUUGGUACACGCUGGAGGCGUAUGGGAACAUGGUAUACGAUUGGAUACAGGAGACGGGCCAGACCAACAGCAUAUGCACCCUGUACGAAAUAGCUUCUGGCGAGAGCACCACUCAGAUGGAUUUCCAUGGCGUGGAUGAGUCAGUACUCCUAAAUGCACUACGACUGCUGGAAGAGAAGGGCAGAUGUGAGCUAAUUGAGAUAGAUGGCAGCCAUGGUGUCAAAUUCUUCUAAGUGUUUUGGUUGCUUUGUAAAUGUAUUCUCUCGACUGUGGAUUUUAAAAUUAACAAAAAAGAUCGCGUUGCCGGUCCCAUAAAGAA